AUGAAAUUCGUUCUACUUUUGGUAUCACUUUUUGGAAUUGCAAAAUGUCGAUUAAUGUGUGGAAUUGAUCCAAUUCUAACAAAUUGGAUGGAGAUUUCGAUCAAAUUGGACUGUCCCGCCAUUUUAGAACAACAUCGAACUUGUUGCCUCGCCCAUGGUUGGUGUUAUGUAUAUAAAAAGGCAACAAUGGAAGCAUGUAAUAAUGAAUAUUGUCGUUGUGUUAGUGUUCUCGCAAAUGAAGGUGUUUGUAAGACUCAUUCUGAUAACUUCUGUAUGAAUGUGAGAAACAUGGGACCAAUGCUCUGGCCGACAAUCAAUGAAAAUGGAAUGGCUUUUUGAGUUUUUCUUGAUAAUGUUGGAAGUUAUAACAAUUCAAUGUAAUAAAAUAAUUUAUUUGAAAA